GCUACAGAGUAUAGUAGAUAAACCCAGAGCCACCGAAAGCGGCGCAUUUUUAUGCUAACCGGCGGAAGCGGUGCGAGGCUGUGACAUUUAAAACGCCACCGUUUCGUUGCUAUUUCCGUUUCCUUGUAGAGCAAAAUGGCUUUCGCUUCGGCGCUCAACGCUCCUAACGGCCUUCAUCGUCUACCGUCUUCCCGCCACGAAACAACCCGAACCGGACCGGCCAGUCUGGUCCUGCCACGUCACCUUCCGGCUCGCUACUCAUCCACGCUCGCCUUCGCCCUCCGUAAGAACCACCGCGCCGCGGUGACGUCAGCUCAGCCGAAGUUAAAGAAGAAAAGCGCGGCGAAGAAUGAGGAGGAUGAAGUGGACGGCGAUGCUAUAGACGCUUUGUUUUCGCUGCUGGAGGAAGACCUCAGAAACGACGGCGUGUCGUUUGAUGAUGACGGCGAAGACGACGAGAUAAGUGAAGAGGACCUGGCUAGGCUUGAAGAGGAACUGGCGGAGGCGUUUGGUGCGGUUGAUGAGGAUGAAGAUGAAGACGAGGAAGAAGAGGAGGAUGACGAAGACGGGGACGGCGAUGUUGAUGUUGUUCAGAGCGAUGCGACUGAAGAAGAAGAAGAAGAUGAGGAGGAGGACGAUGAGGUUGAAGUAGCUGUGAAGCUUAAGACUUGGCAAUUUCGGAGAUUGGCUUCAGCUUUAAAAGUCGGUCGCCGCAAAACCAGUAUAAAAGCCCUUGCAGCUGAGCUUUGUCUUGACAGGGCUCUUGUUCUUCAAAUGCUUCGUGAUCCGCCUCCAAAUCUUUUGAUGCUCAGUGCUGCUCUACCUGAUGUACCUGCUCUUAAAAAAUCUCUGCCUGAACCAAAGCCUGUAGAAACUGUUGUGGAAACCACUGUGGAAACUGGUGUGGAACCUACUACAGAUACUGCAGCGGUCGACACUGCAGUGAAGGUGCCGGUUCAUGUCCGGCAACAAAAGUUUUCUGGUCAGAAGAGACUGAAGAAAGUGCAUCUUGACACCCUUGAAAGAGUUUAUAGAAGAACAAAGCGCCCAACAAAUGCAAUUGUCAGCAGCAUAGUGCAUGUGACAAACCUGCCGCGCAAAAGAAUUGUGAAAUGGUUUGAAGAAAAACGUUCUGAAGAGGGGGUUCCUGACUCUCGGCGUCCAUAUCAACCGUCUGCUCCUACUACUGUCAACUAGAACAAUAUGUAAAUCAGUUUUGUUGAACUCUUGGAGAAACUGUGGAAUGUCAGAAUCUAUAUGGAUAAAUGCUUCAAAUAAUAGAGUUUCAAUUUCCGCUAUCAAUUUCAUGUAUUUAUUUCAUUCCUUUACUUGGAGCAUGGGUAAUCAGG